CAUUCGAGUAUAUAUAGAUAGUUAGCUCAUUGACAUUCGUUAUUCAAAUCAAUUUGAGAUUCAAAUUAUUAUUCGAUCAAACAAAGUUCAUAGUUGACGAUGGAACCAGAUAAUGUAAGCUAUUAUCCAUCGAAUGAUCCUGGUGCUAAUCAAUUGGAACAAUAUGCCCGUGAACACCAAGGCCAAAAGCCACAAUACAUAACAACAUCGACUGGUAGUCGUGUUGGUGAUUUUCGUAAUGUCAUAACCGUUGGUCCACGUGGUCCGAUGUUAUUGGAUGAUAUAACAUUUAUUCAAGAAAUGGCACAUUUUAAUCGUGAACGAAUACCGGAACGAGUUGUUCAUGCUAAAGGUGCUGGGGCAUUCGGAUAUUUCGAAGUGACUAACACAGAAAUCACCAAAUAUUGUCGUGCUGGCCUAUUCAGUCAAUUGGGUAAACGAACACGUGUAGCGGCACGAUUUUCAACCGUAGCACGUGAACGGGGUUCAGCCGAUACCGUACGUGAUGUUCGUGGAUUUGCCAUUCGAUUCUAUACGGAACAGGGAAAUUGGGAUCUUGUUGGCAAUAAUACGCCGGUAUUUUUUAUUCGUGAUCCACAUUUUUUUAUGCGUUUCAUACAUUCACAGAAACGUAAUCCACAAACUAAUCUUCUGGAUUAUAAUGCACGAUGGGAUUUUUUCACAUUACGACCGGAAUCACUACAUCAGGUUACAUGGAUGUAUAGUGAUAAAGGCAUACCGGAUGGCUUCCGUCAUAUGGAUGGUUGGGGUUCUAAUACGUAUAAAUUGGUCAACAGUAAAAAUGAACCGGUUUAUAAUAAAUUCUAUUGGCGAACUAAUCAAGGUGUGAAGAAUUUGGAUGUCGAUACGGCAAAUCAAUUGGUUACAAAUGAUCCAGAUUAUGGUGUUCACGAUUUGUAUGAUUCGAUUGCACGAAAACAAUAUCCCAGUUGGACGCUUUACGUACAGAUAAUGACCUAUGAUGAAGCACGACGUUUUGAAUUUAAUCCAUUUGAUUUGACAAAAACAUGGCCGGAAAAUGAUUACCCGUAUAUUGAAGUUGGUCGAAUGACAUUAGAUGAAAAUCCUAAGAAUUAUCAUGCCGAAGUUGAACAAUUAGCAUUCAGUCCAUCGAAUCGUGUACCGGGUAUUGAAUUUUCACCCGAUAAAGUGCUACAGGCUCGAGUAUUUGCCUAUGCUGAUGCUCAUCGCUAUAGAAUUGGCGUAAAUUCUAAUCUGAUCCCAGUGAAUCGACCAAUCGUACCAGUAAUUGCUCCAACAGAACGUGAUGGUGCAAUGAUGACUGGCGACAAUCAAGGUGGUGCACCUAAUUUUUGGCCAAAUUCAUUCGAUAAUAAUCGUGAUGACCCGAUCGGUUCGAAUGAUUUACGUACACAUGUGACCACAACCGAUAUUGAUCGUUUUGAAUCAGGUGAUGAGGAUAAUUAUACACAGCCACGGCAAUUAUAUUUAAGUUUUGAUCAAUCAGAACGGGAACGUCUUCAUUUGAAUAUUGCCAGUGAUUUACAAUAUUGUUAUGAAUUCAUUGUUGAACGUGCAUUGAAUCAUUUUGAAAAUAUUCAUGUUAAUUAUGCUGCAGGUAUUCGACGUUCAUUGCAAAAUCUUCGUAUUCAAAACAAAUGAAUUUCAUCCUUUUCGAUUGCAACAUUCUGUGAAUGAUUAAAAUUGAAAUGAAAAAAAAAGUUUGAUUAUGUCAUUAAAUUUAAUGAUGAUGAACUUAA